AUGGCUACCCCUCACAUCGACUUCAUGUUAUGCAAAACGUUAUGGACUGAAUAUAUAUACUGCUUUCUCUUCGCGACUGAGUCAAGACACUCCAACAGCCAUCGAUCAGCUACUUCAUCAUUAUCCAACCAAAGUCGACAAGUCUAUAUAUAUAGAUCACCACCCAAAACAACCAAGAUGCCUCGAUUUAUCAGCCCCUUUGACGAAAGUCACCUUUUCUACCGCGACUACAAGCCAGCAGACUUCCCUGCCCCCUUCAGACCCGACGAGGCAUCCCUCGACAAUGAAGGGCGAAGGCCUGUCCUUGUCUUCCUCCACGGCUGGCCAAUGUCCUCCAUCAUGUUCGAAAAGUUGACUCUCCCGCUCUGCGAAACCUAUCGAUUCCGCUGCAUCGCACCCGACAGACGAGGAUUCGGCAAUAGCGAUUGGAUGGGUUCCAAGCCCGUCAACAAACCAAUCGACUAUGACGUGUUCGCCGCAGACCUGGCUUAUCUGCUGGAGAAGCUUAAGAUCGGCCCGUUUGUUUUCAUCGGUGCUAGCAUGGGACCUGGCGAAGCGGUACACACGUAUAUGUACAGUGAUUAUGUGCGAGAGAACUGCAGGGGAAUCAUUGGCAUUGGAGCCGCACUGCCAUUCCCGCUUCAAACCCCGGAGAAUCCAACAGCCACUUCUCGAGAGGCAUGGGACGAUAUCCUGCAUAACCUCCGCUGCAAUCGUCCGGCAUAUACCAAGGCGGCUUUACCCGCUAUCCUAGGCCGAGAUGCUGGCUGUGAGGUCAGCGAUGAGCUGAUACAGCGGUAUACCGAGCUGGUUCUCAGAGCGGAUGCGCAGGCAGUGGAGCGAUGCGUCCAGCUCAUUUCUUCAACGGAUUUCACCGAGAAGCUGAAGAAGUUGGAGAGCGAGACUGAUCUCCGCAUUACUUGUCUGCAUGGUGACAAGGACGCUCCUGAGUCGCAGGUUGUCAUGUUGAAGAAGAUAUAUCCCAGGACGGUGGUGAAGAUGUAUGAGAAUGCUGCUCAUGGACUGACGGAUACGCAUCACGAGCGCGUCAUUGCUGAUAUCCUGGAAUUCCUCAACGAUGUCAGGCUGUAG